AUCCUCAUCUCACUCCUCAUCGAUUCCCUCAUAUCUCCUCUUCAAUUCUACCAAUUCUACAAUUCUUUCAUGGAGCUUAUACCCGGUUUACCCAAUGAUAUCGGGUUAGAAUGCCUAACCCGCCUUCCUCACACCGCCUUCUCAGCCGCCGCCUCCGUCUGCCGGAGCUGGAAGUCACAAAUCUCACACCCAUCGUUCCGUAACCACCGCAAGUCCGCCGGACUCACCCGGCGUAUCGUCGUCAUGGUGCAGUCGCAAGUUGACCCGAACCGGAAACACGGGUUAAGAAAGUAUUCAGCUGCUCCAGUUUACCGGUUAACUGUUUUCGAACCGGAAACCGGUAACUGGACCGAGUUACCGCCGAUUCCCGGUUUCUCCGACGGGUUACCGCUUUUUUGUCAAGUAGCUCCGGUCGGGUUUAAUCUUGUGGUUAUGGGUGGGUUAAACCCGGAUAAUUGGGAGGCGGGUAAUUUUGUAUUUGUGUUUAACUUUUUGUCUGCCACGUGGCGGCGUGGGCCCGAUAUGCCAGGGUGUACAAGGUCGUUUUUUGGGUGUGCGUCGGAUAACGAGCGGAGGGUGUUUGUGGCGGGUGGACAUGAUAACGAGAAGAAUGCGCUUCGGUCGGGGAUGGUGUAUGACAUGGCGGAAGAUGAUUGGACGUUGUUACCUGACAUGGCGGAUGAGCGGGACGAGUGUAAAGGUGUGUUCCACUGUGGAAAGUUUUAUGUGAUUGGUGGGUAUAAUACGUUAAUGCAAGGGCAGUUUGGGAAAAGCGCGGAGGGUUUUGACCCGGUGACGUGGCGGUGGGGCCCGACGGAAGGUGAGUUUUUGGGUGAUGACACGUGUCCAAGGACUUGCGUGGAUGGUGGUAAUGGGGCGAUGUAUAUGUAUCAAGAUGGUGCGGUUGUUGCACUUGAUCGUUCGUCUAGAACGAGGAUACCGAGUGAGAUGGAUAGUGUACCUUGUUUGAUUGAAUGUGGCGGGCGGUUGUUGGCCGUUGGAUCUGUUGGAUUUGGUAGAAGCCACGGUGUGUACGUGUUGGAUUUGGAGAGCGCCACGUGGGUUAAGGCGGAUGUGCGGGAGGAAUAUUCCGGCCAUGUUCAGUCUGGUUGUUGUUUGGAAGUAUGAAUGGAUAUAUACAAUGAAAUAGUUUGUUAAUCACAGUUUAAAUGAUGAUUAGUUAGACUCAUUACUAGUUGGACCGGUCAUUGAAUCGACCUUCUUACAUGUUACUUGAACGAAUAUGUUUUAAAUCAAAAUAUGAAACUAUAUGUCUGGUUCGGUU